CGGAACGCGAGACAUAUGCGCAGUAAAGCCACGCAUGCGCAGUGUCAAGUAACCAUAAGUGAUUGUGAAAAGGUCGAUAUGUCGUGUGUGCCAGUUUUAGCAAUUUUGGGAUCUACAGGAUGUGGAAAAUCACGUUUGGCCAUCGAAUUAGCUUGUAAAUUCUUCGGAGAAAUUAUUUCAGCCGAUAGUAUGCAGGUGUACAAAGGCCUCGACAUCGUGACCGCGAAAGUAACGAAAGAGGAACAAGCAAAGGCGGCUCACCACAUGUUGGACAUCGUAGACCCUCUGAACCCUAGCUACACGGUGGUACAAUUCAGGGAUGCUGCCAUACCUAUUAUCAACGAUCUUCUCGCGAGGAGGAAGCUCCCGAUCAUCGUCGGUGGCACCAACUAUUACAUAGAGUCCAUCCUUUGGGAAGUUCUGAUGAACGACUCGAGGAUCGGCAAGGACGAUGAUGACCGGUUGGACGAGAAUGUGUCGCGUACGAAGAGGAUGAAGAUCGAGUUGGAUCGAUCGAUGACAAAGGAUAACCAGGAGCUUUACGAAGAGUUGGUUAAAGUGGAUCCGGAAAUGGCGAAGAGAUUUCAUCCGAACAAUAGGAGGAAGAUCAUUCGGUCACUUGAAGUGUUCGAGCAACAUGGUGUGAAGCAUUCAGAAUUGCUAAAAGCUCAAAGGAUAGCUGGUGGUUCUGGAUUAGGAGGUCCUUUAAGAUACCGCAAUGCCAUUCUAUUAUGGAUCAAUUGUGACAUGAAAGUCCUCGAGGAUCGGUUGGAGAGAAGGGUCGACGACAUGGUGGAGACCGGUCUGGUUCAGGAACUGCUUGACUUUCAUCGGAGAUACAACAAGCAACGGAUUAAGUCCAACACAUCAGUCGAUUAUACGAAGGGCAUUUUUCAAAGUAUCGGCUUCAAAGAGUUUCAUGAUUACCUUGUGUUGCCAGAAGAAGAGAAGGGAGGGAAAAAAGGACAAGAAUUAUUGCAAAGGGGUAUUGAUGACUUAAAAAUGGUCACGAAGAGGUACGCGAAAAAACAGAAAAAAUGGGUUAUGAAUCGUCUACUUCGUCGCAGUGACAGACAAGUACCACCAAUUUAUGUAUUAGAUUCUACCGAUGUGAAUCAAUGGGACAGUUGUGUAUAUGAACCAGCUGUGGCAAUAAUCGAAGCUGUGCUAAGAGGAGAAAAGCCUGAACAAAAACCUUUAAACGAAUCAAUAGAGAAUAAAAAAUUCAGUGAUAGUAGCAAUGAGGAAAGACACUUUUGUGAUAUUUGCGAUAGGAUAUUUAUUGGAGAAUUUCAAUGGAACAUUCAUUUAAAAAGUACAAAGCAUAAAAGAAUUGAAAAAAGAAAAAAGAAAUUGGAAGCACAAAACUAGGUAGAAAA